AUGGAUAAAUAUACUUUAGUCACAUCUGAUGAUAAAUUCUCUAAGCUAACUCUUAAUGUUGCAAAUUUUCCCAAGUCAAUUAUUCAUUGGGAGAAUUUACUGAAUUAUCUUAUUAACGAAGUUUCACCAAUUAAUAAAUCCAUUGAUAAAAGAAUCUAUAAAUUAAUUAAAAGCACGUAUGAGUCAAUAUUAACAUAUUUUCCAUAUUUAGAAACUUAUCACAUUGAUUAUGCUUUAUUAGAAUUCAAGCUUGGUCAUUUAGCUCAUGUUCAUAAAAUUUUUAAAAAUGGUUUAUUUCAAUUUAAUAAUAAGUCUUUAUUAAUUUGGUUAGAAUACUUAAAGUUUUGUAAUCAAGUCAUUUCCAAUAAUAAAAUAUUAAUAAAAAAAUAUCAAUUAGCAGAAUCAAAUAUUGGAUUACAUUUCUAUUCUGGUGAAUUUUGGAAACUUUAUUUAGAUCAAUUAAAUGAAAGAUGUAUUUCAAAGCAAAAAUAUUUUUUUUGUUUAAGAAAAAUUUUAGAAUUACCAAUUUAUCAUUUUAGUUACUUUUAUUCCAUUUGGUUAAGCCAUAUUGAUUCAUUCAACGAUUUAAAUGAUUUAAAAUUAAUUAUAUCGAAGGAUGAGUUAAGUUCAAAAUUAAAAUUAGAUUUUAAUAAUUUAUCACAUAAAAGAAAAGGUCCAGAAUUGAUUGAACGUAAAAAAAUUAUUAGAAAAUUUACAAAAGAAUUAUAUACAGUGAUUCAAUAUCAGGUAUUACAGAUUCAUUCAUUAUUUGAAUCAAAAUUGGUUGAUAACCAAUUCUAUUCAUCUCCUGAGACACUAGUAUCAAAUUCAAAUAUUAAUGCUUGGAUUUCAUACUUAAACUAUACGAUUAAUUUAAAUAAUGAUUCUCUCAUUGAAUUAAAUUUCCAAAGAUCCUUAUUACCUUUAGCUCAUUAUGAUAUUAUUUGGUUAAAAUACGCAAAUUGGUUUAUUGAUUAUAAAAAUGAUCUUCUAUCUGCGAAGAAUGUUUUAGAAAAAGGUUUAACAUUUGCAUUGAAAAAGACAGCAAUUUGUAAAAUGUUAUAUUCAAUUCUAAUUAAAUUAAAUGAAUUUGAUAAAUUAUUUGAUUUAUUAUCACUAAUUAAAAGAUCUUAUAAUUCACAUAUUGAAGAUGCUGAUGACUUUGAGAUGUUUUGGGAUAAUAUUCAAUUUUUAAUAUUCUUACACAAUAUUGAAAAUAAAAAUACACCCUCGAAUAAUCAGAAAAAGAAGAGUAGAUAUUCAAAUUCAAAAGAAUCUGUUUCAACUCAAAAUGAAAUUGAAAAUCUGAAUGAAAAUCAGCAUCAGAAACAAAUAUUACCAAUUAUUAUUUUUGAUAAAAUUAUGAAAAGACUGAGCUAUUGUGAAAAAAAGAACGGACAAGAAAUUAUUUUAUCAAUGCUAAUUCAAUUGCAGGAUAAAGAAAAUACUAAUUUAAUAGAAGAAAAUAUUUUCAAAUUAAUUAUUGAAUCGAAUUGGAAAUAUUAUCUCAAUAACGGUUCGUUUUGGUAUCUAUAUUCAAGAUUAAUCUUUUUGGAUCCUUCAAGAUCUUAUCUAGACAAAAGAAAAUAUUGUAUAAAUAAUGUUUGGACAAUAGCGAAAAAAUAUAACGAUGAUAAGAAAAAUCAAAUUUUAUUAAAAUUACAAGAAUUUUGUCAUGCUUAUUCUCCUGAAGAUUUAGAUGAAUUGGAAGACUUAUUUUAA